AAUCAAAACCCUUUCCCCUAACUUCUCUUCCUCUUUGUAUCUCGCCCCCCUUUUUUUCUUCUUUCUAAGGAAUUCCGAUGGAAGACGACGAUGAGUUCGGAGAUCUAUACACCGACGUUCUCAAGCCUUUCUCUUCCGCUGCUGCGCCACCGCUUCAGCCUUCUACACCCACCCAUUUCCACCGUCCGAUUGAUUCCAAUCCUCAAUCUCAGGGUGGCGACGACGACGAUAUCCUCUUCGGGCCCUCACGUUCGAUUCCGGACACUCAAAACCUAGCGCCGUUGAAGUUUCAUCCUGUUCUUCCUCCUGCUGUUGCCGCUGCAGCAGCUCUGGGUUCGAUCCCUAAUUCAGCUCCCGAACCAAUGGUUUUGGAUUCUGGAAAAGAGGUUGUAUUUGAUAUUGAAGAAGGGGGUAGUAAAGAGAUUGAGGACUCAGGCUUGGAUGACCCGAUAAUCCCGGGCUUAACCGAUUCGGUUCGCCAGGAAGAUUCUGGACGGAACGAUGACGGAGGCGAUGGUGGACUUAGAGGCAGCGGCCAAGUGGAAGCGGAAGCGGAUGGAGAAGGGGAUGAUUGGGAUAGUGACAGUGAAGAUGAUCUACAGAUAGUGUUAAACGACAACAACCACGGGCCUAUGGCUAUGGAAAGAGGAGUGAUUGGGGAAGAUGACGACGACGAAGAUGGGGACCCGCUUGUGAUAGUGGCUGAUGCAGAUGCAAACCAAGGGAUGGAGGAGCAGGACUGGGGUGAGGAAGGAGGGCAGACUGCUGAUGGGGAAAGGAAAGAAGGGGGAGAAGUAGGGAAGGUUGGCACUGCUGGCAGUGGAGGAGGGGGCGUGGUUGCACCAAAAAUUGGGUACAGCAGUCAUGGUUUCCAUCCGUUUCAUUCUCAGUUUAAGUAUGUAAGACCUGGUGCAGCACCAAUGCCUGGAGCCACUGCCGGUGGUCCUGGAGGAGCUCCAGGUCAGGUUCGUCCAGGAAUGAGUGCUAUGGUUGGUCGUGGUAGAGGUGAUUGGAGGCCACCUGGAAUGAAAGCUGGUCCUUCUAUGCAAAAAGGUUUCCAUCCUAAUUUUGGAAUGCCUGGCUGGGGUAACAAUACGGUGGGGCGAGGUUUUGGUGGCGGACUGGAUUUCACGCUUCCUUCUCACAAGACAAUAUUUGAUGUUGACAUUGACAGUUUUGAAGAAAAGCCGUGGAAAUAUCCUGGUGUUGAUCUUUCAGACUUCUUUAACUUCAGUCUAAAUGAGGAGAGCUGGAAAGAUUAUUGCAAACAACUGGAACAACGUCGCUUGGAGACAACCAUGCAAAGCAAGAUUCGUGUUUAUGAAAGUGGGCGAACAGAGCAGGAUUAUGAUCCAGAUUUGCCUCCAGAAUUGGCUGCAGCAACUGGGCAAGAGAUUUCAGUUGACACUGCUAAUCUUGGAAGGUCAAAUGGUGGACAGGAUGACUUGACAAAAGGAACUGCCCGAGUGCGACCACCUCUACCAACUGGGAGAGCAAUACAGGUCGAGGGAGGUUCUGGGGAACGCCUUCCCUCCAUUGAUACUCGGCCACCUCGUAUCCGUGAUUCAGAUGCAAUUAUUGAGAUUGUUUGUCAGGAUACUCUAGACGAUGAUUCCUCCACUGGCAAUGCUGUUGAAGACCGAACAGAAAAUGAUAUGCCAAGGGAGGAUCUUAGAGGAGAUCUUGCACCUGAAGCUGAUAUUGUGCAUGAAGAUACUGAAUAUGUUAAUGGUUUUCCAGAUGCUUAUAGCAGUCGAAAGAGGGAGCUAGUUGAAAGAACUAUGAACUCUGUUCGGACUAAUGUGCCUGAAGAUGAUGGCAUUUUGCCUGUCUGUGGGGAAACAUCACGCCCAUAUGGUCCUGGAUUUAGGAGCCAGAGUCCUAUGUAUCAUAAUGGAAACUUUGGCAGUCCUCGUGAUGAGAGGCAUAGGCAGGGAAGAGCACGUGAGAGAUCCCCUCACAUGACACCUAGUCGAGGUAAAUGGGACAAGUUAAGUGAUACCCAUUCCCAUGAGGAGGAAUCUGUUGAAAGCAUGGAUCAAAAAUCUCCUCUCCUCGUCAAGGAUGACGUUGAUGAUGAGCUUGAGCCAGCUGAUAGAAGCCCUGUUACAGAAAAGGAUGAGCUGAUAAAUGGCCCCCGUAAAGAUGAGAGUCCACAUGAUCCUAAGAAAAAUGAAGAAGUAAGUUCUCAAGUAGAGCAACAGAAGCUUCAAGAACUAGAAGGUGGUGAGGACUUCAUGGCUGCAAGAAUCAGUGAAAAUAGCGAAGCAAGAUCUGGCAGCAGCAGAGAUUAUCAGAAAUGGCGAGAUGGUGCUGAGGAUGAAGUUGUUCAAGGUGGACGUUCUUCUCGCAUCCCGAUUGUCAAGAAGCAUAUGGAUGAACAUGAUCAGAAUUUCCGGAGAAAAGAUCGUGAUGCGAGAUGUGAGUUUGAAAGAAGCCAGAUUGUAGGUAAACCAGGAGAAGAUUCUUACCCUGUUAGAGACUACGACACUAGCUCACCACAUAGUUUGCACAUCAAAAUGGAGGGUUUGGAUAGGCGAAGGGAGAGCGACAAUAUUGAUGUUACAUGGCAACAGAGAGAAGAUGAUUUUUACAGCAAAAAAAGUAGAGCUGAGGACUUGAGGAAGAGAGAGCGUGAUGAAAUGGGUUCUAGGAACAGGGCUAAGGUCCGAGAAAGUGAGAGGAGUGACAGAGAUGAUUAUCCACAUUCUAGAAAACAGUUGGAUAAUGGCAUUUAUAAAGUUCAUCAUGAUAAGGAUGUCAGUGCAAGACAUAGGGAAAGAGAUGAUAAUUUGAAGAGUAGGUAUGAAGCAGCAGAUGAUUACCACAGCAAAAGAAGGAAAGAUGAGGAGUAUGUCAGGAGAGACAUCGCAGACAAAGAGGAGACCUUGCAUGGAAACAGAGAAUCCAGCAGCAGUCGCAGAAAGCGAGAAAGGGAUGAAAUUUUAGACCCGCGUAAGAGAGUUGAGCAACAAAGAACUAGAGACACUUUUGAUCAUCAUUCAGUUCGGCACAAAGACGAGAUUUGGUUGCAUAGAGAGAGGGUUGAGAGGCAGCGGGAGAGGGAUGACUGGAAUAGGCUAAAGCAAUCCCAUGAUGAAAGUUUAUCAAAACGGGAGAGAGAAGAAGGACGAGGUACUGUGAGGAGUGGACGUGGUUCAGAAGACAAAGCAUGGGUUGGCCAUAACAGGGCAAAGGAUGAACAUAAAGUUUCUGGAAAAGAAUACCAACUCAAAGAGACAGCGCGCCACAGUGAGCAGAUGAAGAGAAGGGAUCGGAAUGAUGAUGAAAGUUUCUCACGUCAUAGGGGACACGAAGAUUCGAAUGCACGUGGACACCAAUUUAGCAAUGAUGAGAGAAAAUCCAGGCAGGAAAGGUCAAGCACUCGGAGUGACCAUGUUGUCAAUGCUUCAGAUAGCCAAAGGGGGCAUGAGAAGAAACAUAAAGAAAACACUAGGAAGAAUAGAGAAUCGGAAGGUGGAGAUCCAAUCAGUUUGGGCUCUGCCAAGAGAAACCAGGAAGAUUUAAGUGGUCACUACAAUGAAACGGGUUUGAGAAGUGUUGAGAAGAACGAGAAUCCAGUUCAUUAUAACUCUUCCAAAAAACAUAGAGACGAUCCUUCUUCAGAUGAUGAGCAGCAAGAGUCAAAACGGGGGCGCUCCAAAUUGGAACGUUGGACAAGCCAUAAGGAAAGGGAUUACAGUAUCAAUAGCAAGUCAUCUGCUUCCUCAAAGUUCAAGGAGAUUGAGAAGAUUGAUAAUGUGGAUGCCGCAGAAUCAAACAAAACUCUAGAUGAACCUGGUAAGUUGGUCGAGCCUGCUGAGAACCAUCACCCUUUGUCUGACAAUAAAACUGCUGGUGCGCCAGAGACCAAGGAGACCGAUACAAGGCCAUUGGACGACCGGCAUCUUGACACUGUCGAGAAGCUGAAGAAGCGAAGUGAGAGAUUCAAACUUCCAAUGCCUAAGGAAAAAGAUGCCAUGGCAAUAAAGAAAAUGGAGAGCGAGGCAUUGCCUUCAGCCAAGAAUGAAACUCCUGCGGAUUCCGAAGUUAAGCCGGAGAGACCAGCCCGAAAACGAAGGUGGAUCAGCAAGUAAUAGUGGAACAAGUAAGCCCACAUUGUUGCUGUGCUGCAAGGUCUUUAAUUAUUGGACCCCAAAGGUCCUGCCAUAAGGGUUCCUGAAAUGUUCAUGUACUAUUAAUACGUUCAUAUCACGUAUGAGAUUGUAACAUUGCUGCCGCCAUGUACUUUUUUCUCUCAAUACUAUAUGUAUAUACUAGAGAAUGUAACAUUGAAUUAGUCAUAAGUGGUGGCACAUAUUCCAUUUACUGUUAA